UCAGGUGGACUAUCGAGCAAAGCUCUGGGCGUGCAAUUUUUGUUUCCAAAGGAACCAGUUUUCACCAUCUUACUCGGGCAUUUCCGAAUUGAAUCAACCAGCUGAACUAUUGCCUCAGUUUUCAACUAUUGAAUAUGUUGUUCAGCGAGGUUCAUCUGCCCCUCUCAUCUUCUUGUAUGUGGUGGACACUUGCUUGGAGGAAGAUGAUCUACAGGCCCUCAAAGAAUCCCUGCAGAUGUCCCUGAGUCUGCUCACUCCCAACUCACUGGUUGGUCUGAUUACUUUUGGUCGAAUGGUGCAGGUCCAUGAACUGAACUGUGAGGGGAUUUCCAAAAGUUAUGUCUUCAGAGGCACAAAGGACCUGACAGCAAAACAAAUCCAGGAUAUGCUGGGACUUGCAAAACCACCAGCAGGAGUUCAAGGAAGCGCCCCUCAACCACAAGAGCACCCUGGUUUAUCCAGCAGGUAUUAUAUCUGCAGUUAGCAAUGAUUUAGAGGA